UUGACCAUGUUCCUUUCCACACUUCCCAGGAUGGCUUGCACGGUUUCUACAGUGGGCGUGCUUCUUCUGUUUGGACUUCUGCUACCCACAGCAGAGGGGAGUAAGAGGAAUCGUGGGUCGCAAGGAGCCAUCCCGCCUCCUGCCAAGGAUCAGCCCAAUGAUUCGGAACAGACGCAGACGCCACCGGUACCUCCACCGCCGCCAGGCUCCAGACCCCGUGGCAAGCAGAAAGGCAAACCUCCCUCUGCUGAAGAGGUGCUGGAGUCGAGCCAAGAGGCCCUGCAUGUCACAGAGCGAAAGUACCUGAAACGGGACUGGUGUAAAACGCAGCCGCUCAAGCAAACCAUCCACGAGGAAGGCUGCAACAGCCAAACCAUUAUCAACAGGUUCUGUUACGGCCAGUGCAAUUCCUUCUACAUCCCCAGGCACUUCCGCAGAGAGGAAGGCUCCUUCCAAUCCUGUUCCUUCUGCAAGCCUAAGAAAUUCACCACCGUGUCAAUUACACUAACCUGCCCAGAGCUUCAGCCCCCAAGGAAGAAAAAGAGGAUCAAGCGAGUUAAAGAAUGUCGCUGUAUAUCCAUAGACUUGGACUAGAAGGUGCUGUGGAUGAAUAGCCAUCUGCUGUCAUUGCCACCUUGAGUACAGGUGUCUAAACCUGUUUAUAUACAUCUGAGUGGGACAUAAACCAAACAGAAUCAAAGCAAGCAACAUAUGUUAUCUGUCUGGAAGGGUGAAUGGCAACUAUGAAAGCAUGCAUUUGUGUGUGUGGGGGGGGGGGGGGGAGGUCACACUACCACUUGGAAUGCAACUUGUCACUUAUACCUGUAAUCCUGUUCCUAGGUUCAGUAUCUCACUAAUUCACCUGUGUGCUGGGGUUCCUGCACUUGUGACUUCCAUCUUUCAACAGAAUCUACGCCGUUGACUCACGAUUUUCAAUAUCUGCUGCAAUUGGGGGCAUUAAUGUGUUAGAGAUUUAGAAGUACUUUCUAAAGCAGCCUUCCCCAACAUAGUGCUCUUCAGAUGUGUUAGAUGGCUGGGGAGGAUGGUAUUUGUAGUCCAAACACA